CCCAUAUUCACUGAACGCUGUAGAUCUUUAGUUUGUGGUUGUAAAGUUUCAUGAGGCUGUGAUAAUCAUAGAGCUCCCAGUGGGUCAUUUUAUACAGUGACGUUAAGUUUCUCACUACAGUGAAAUGAUUACAAUGGGUGCUAUCAUCAUCUCACAUGAAUAAAACUGGGCUCACUGAACCCACAAGACUUCCCCCUUUUCCAGUCAACUCCAAGACUAUUUAGGAUUAGCCAUGUCCUCUUCAGUCCUCCAGUGGGUCUGGCUGCGUCACUGUGUCUUCGCCACCCUCAUGGUGUUGUGUUUUCUGGGUGUCUUCAUCGUGUACUACAAACCUGACAUCAGCAUCCCCACUUUUAACAUCCACAUGUUCUCUCAAAAGGAGGGAGACAAUCAUUCCCAUCCCAUAGUUGUGUGUCCACAACAACCAAAUUGUUCCUCAGAGCAGAACAUCAGUCAGGUGCAGAAGAUCCAGGCUGCAGAAGGGGAUGCAGAGCCUGACACCAUCAUUUUGAUCUGGAUGUGGCCGUUUGGCUUCAAGUUUGAUCUGAGCUGCAGAGUGUUCGGUAUCACAGGAUGUCACUUGACAGAUGACAAGAGUCUGUACAGAAAGGCCCAUGGUGUGCUCUUCCAUCACAGGGACAUCCAUGGAGAUCUGGGCAACAUGCCAAAGGAGCCACGGCCCUGGUUUCAGAAAUGGGUGUGGUCAAACGCAGAGUCGCCUGCAAACUCAGGUCGAAUACCUGGGCUCAAUCACUUGUUCAACUUGACAUGCAAUUAUCACCGUGAUUCAGAUAUCCCAGUGCCUUAUGGGUACUUGGUUCCAGUGACAGACAGGGAUGAGAGUUUCAAACUGCCAGCCAAGGACAAACUGAUCUGCUGGAUUGUGAGCAACUGGAACCCCAAUUUUAAGAGAGUUCAGUUCUACAAUGAGCUGAAAAAUCACAUCAACAUAGACGUUUAUGGGAAUGCCUUUGGUCGACGUGUAAAUAACCAAGAUUUUCCAAAAAUAAUAUCUAGUUGCAAGUUCUACUUAGCCUUUGAAAACUCUAUCCACACAGACUACAUCACAGAGAAGUUGUACAAUCCCCUGAAUUUGGGAACUGUGCCAGUAGUCCUGGGCCCUACAAGACAAAAUUAUGAGAAUUAUGUCCCAGGAGAUUCUUUCAUCCAUGUGGAUGACUUUGCCAGUCCAAAGGAGCUGGCAGAGAGGCUGCUGUACCUCGACCAGCAUCCUGCUGAGUACAGCAGAUACUUCAGCUGGAGAGAACAUUUUAAGGUCAUAUCAUCACUGUUUGGUCGUGAACAUGCCUGCAGAUCAUGUGAUUACUUACAAAAACACAGAGGUUACCAAGUUUUUCAUGAUCUCAACAAAUGGUACUGGGGUUAACUUCCUGUUAUACAAAACACAUCAGCAAACACGAUUUUGGAAACAAAAGUUUGGACAGAGUUUCUGGAGUGAUUUGUUACAGACUAUAUUCUUCUUUGUUUCCUUUCAAUUGCUGGAUUAAAUGAAUGACAUGCCAACAUUGUUGAUCACACAAUAAAAUUUUGUAUAAUUUUGUUGAACUCUCCUCAGUGCAAAACACAUGAAAGCCCACUUGAGUUUGCAAAAAAGCAGCUGAAGGCCUGAUGAAGGUCUGAUGAAAUCACGAUUGAAUUGUUUGGCCUCAAUUCCAAACAUUAUGUCUGGAGGAAACCAGGCACCGCUCAUCACCUGCCCAACACCAUCCCAACAGUGCAGCAUGGUGGUGGUAGCAUCAUGCUGAAUGGAGCAAAGUACAGAGAUAUCCUCAAUGAAAACCUGUUCCACAGCGCUCAGGACCUC